GCCCCGCGCGGCGGCAACGCGAAGAGAGGAGCGGCAACAUGGCGGCUUCGGGAGCUGGUGACCCUCUGGAUGCUAAGCGUGGAGAGGCCCCUUUCGCUCAGCGUAUCGACCCGACGCGGGAGAAGCUGACAUCCGAGCAACUGUAUUCCAUGCGGCGGGCGCAGCUUGCCCAGUGGCAGAAGGUCCUACCGCAGCGGCGGACCCGGAACAUCGUGACCGGCCUAGGCAUCGGGGCCCUGGUGUUAGCUAUUUAUGGUUACACUAUCUACUCGAUCUCCCAGGAGCGUUUCCUAGAUGAGCUAGAAGACGAGGCCAAAGCUGCCCGAGCCCGAGCUCUGGCGAGGGCAUCAGGAUCCUAAUCUGGAUGGGUAUUGAUCAUGUCCAACCUGCUGGAGCCCCUUCACAUGGUGGAUGAUGCCCCAUGACCCUGUAGAAAUUGAAUCCUGCUCACAACAUUGUUGGCCUUCUUACUAACCUUGGGCCAUGAUUGAUCCCAAGAAACCAGGGACUUAAGCAUUUGGCUACUGUCAAAAGAACAGAACUUUGCCCACUGCACACUUGCUGUGUACAAUGACAGCCCUUUCUUGUAGUUUGUUUCCUUGAGAGAUGUGCGUGCGACUGUGGCUUUUCCCAAUGUUUCUGACUUUGUGGUUUACCCCCUUCACCUUCCAGGCAUGCGAUUGUUACGAGGUUAGGCGUGGCAGCUCUGUACAGUGUUUGAGCCGAAAGUGGUAUAGAUAGGGUCAAAUUGAGAUAAUAAACUGAGUCAUUCUCCUGGA